GAAUUGAUCAGAACUGCUGAACUGUGCACAUUGAUCUGAUAUGAUACAAUCGACGCUCUCCUCCGGUUUCUUUGUUGCCCGAUACAGUAUGCUCGUGAAAGUCAGGUAAUAAGUAAUUGAGACUGGACGUAGAAGCUCCCGUCGUCUUUCCCCCCUCGUCCAACUCCCCACAACUCACCUUAACUUAUGCGAUGCGCUCCAGGAUCCUCCCCCAACCCGCCUGCACCUUUAUCUCGUCUGGCCCCGCUCUCCUCCCCUCCACCACCUCAUCGGCCAUCUGCACCCCAAUCCCAUUUUACGGACAACCAAACAUCCAUAUCGCUCGCUCGGUCCAUCAAGAGUCGACAUUUGAACGUCGCCGACAUCAUCCUCAACAGUACCCUGCCACAAAUUCAACAAUGAAACGUACUGCGACUCCGUAGCAAUGCCGGAUUCGUCAAACCAUAUCGAGUUCCUUCUCCAAGCUGCGAAUAGUGAUAUUCCGGACAGUAUACCAUGGUCAAACCUCAAAUUCAUGCUCAAGAAAGCGGGCGUCGAUGCUUCCACCAUAGACGAAGUCGAAGCAAUGAACCUCUUCCGGAACAUACGCCGUGGGAUCAAAGAGGAACGUGAGGACGGAAUGCGCGAUGCAUCUAGAGAACAUAUCGACGCCGUUCUGGCCCUUGCCAACAGCGACGGCGUCCCCGACGAUAUGAUGAGCGACUGGCCGUCGCUGAAAUUCUGCCUGACCUUGAGUAACAAAAGCCUUCCUGUACCGGAUUCAGCAAACUGGCUGCGAUCCUUCACGAGGUUCCGCCGUAUCAUAGCUGGAGGAGAGGUGGAGCAGGACGAUCCACAACAUGCCCUUCCGCCAUCGGGAGCUGAAAGAGCACAGUCGGACUCUGCGUAUGAUUCUCAGUACUCGGAGAGCGAUCCAAAGGAUGACGAAUAUCUCACCGUCGUGCUGGAUUCGUGCGAUAAGUACAAAAGCGGAACGCUCUCGAUACCUUAUACGAUUUCCGACAAACACGGGAAACAUUUCAUGCUCCCAAAUGCAGCCCGGCGAUGUGAUUUCAAUCCUGACCGAAGUGGAGUUGUGCGUGUUAGGUGUUUCUUGAAUGACAACCCAGAGUCGUCGGAAGUCAAGUUCCACGUUGAAGACCACUUGGAAGACGUGGAUAUCGUUCUCUCUCGGAAGUUACUGGAUGCAGAUAAGAAGAGAAACUCUUCAAUUGCAGGUACGCAUUGCUAUCAAAUAGCAGAAGUUGAAACGAGCAUUGCUGAUUUGCUGUCGUACGUAGAUCAACGUAGAAGACGCGAUCACAGUCGCUCAGCAGGGAGUUCCGCGGAAUAUAUCGAGGAGGAGGUUAAGGCAGUGUCCUAUGCGCUCGGUAUUGCUUUUCAAAACCCUGGUGUCCGCAACCUCGACGAGAAAGGAACCGUAGACCUGGGAUACAAAAUGUCCUUGGCUCUCAGAGGGGCGCACAAAGCUCGUCCAAGGUGAACAAUACAGUGAACGAUACGGAAACAGAUUUAAACAGUGGACGAGAAAACCUUGCAAGCCUCCUUGCUCGUACUUCUUGCCACCCAUCGACCCACGGACACAGAGCUCUACCUCUUGCCACCACGGCAGACGCCACUAGCCCCUACGCACUCGACGAUUCUGCGGCAAUCGAGGUUGGGAAAAUAGUAACAUCGAUGUCGACAUCAGGACGUAUGGCAAAGCGCACUUUACAUUACCGCCUUACACCACGAAGAAAACAACUCCAAAGAAUCGCCGAAUCUGUCAAGAAGUCGAUGUACAUCAUGUAUAUGGCGGCCGCGACGACAGUAAUAUCAUGCUCCUUUGAGAGAAAACGUUUUGUAAGGAAGGAGAAGGGGGCCCUGAAGGCUGGAUAAGUCGAUAUUACGGCUGGUCGCAUAUGCAAGGGCGCGUCGUUCGGGGGUGAGACCAGAUGACACGGUGUCUGAAGACGAUUUGGAGCCAAAAGCAAUGGUGUAGCUAUUGACCAGCUUUCGGCAAGCUGCUCUUCGACUUGUCAUUUCGGUGGCUACGAUGCUUGGCUUGGCUACACCAAUACUCACAGCCAACCAAAUGUACAGCGCGUCCACGCGCCUCGCAGCCUCAAAAUUGAUAUUGGGAUCUGUAAUGUGGUUCUAUGUGAUCCAAAGGCUGGGUAGUACGUGUUUAUGAAGCUAAUUGAUAGGUUAUAUGCUGCAUGCUGCUGGCAGCUUGCAUAAGCAACUCUACUUAUUUUGUACCAUGUUUGAAAAUCUAUAUUGUAUAUCAUUGUACUUCCGAAUGUUUUACUAUUGAACACAUUUAGGAUUUAAUACCAGCGAAUAUUCGUAUGUAUCAACGAUUGGCUCUUUCUUUUAAGUAUGCAGUUUGCAUCACUCGAUCACAUAUUUACUGCUUCCAAGCUCAGCGUCUCAACGUAAAUAAGAACGGAUCAACUGAGCCCA